UCAUACGCAAAAAUCAGUCUCCUCUUCAUCUCCGCCUCUCGUUGCCGGUUCCGUUCUUGUUCCGCUUGGUGCUUCUCUCUAUUUGUUUGGCGUCGCGUCUCGAAGUCGGGCUCAGUUUUGGGGCCCUCCCUCUCUGAAACAAACAAUCUGAGCCCUUCUUUUGUAUGUUCUUCGUCAGCUUCGCCGCCUUUGUUGUCGGGUCGCUUUGCUUCGAUAAAAAGCGCUGUAUCGCGAUCCGAUUGCUGACAUAGGGUUUCUUCGUACUGGAAUUCGUACUGACGGAAUGAAAACAGGGUUCUACUUAUAAAUGGUCAAUUAAAGUCGAUGAUUAUGUAUGAACAAGAUCCUGAUAUUCUUCGGUGGGGUCUCCAUCUCCUUAUUGAUUCAUCUUUAAAUACCACAUAUUCUGUGACCACUCAUCAGAACAACGUGAAAGAUUGUGUUGCACAACGUGCCAAUGAAGUAAGAUUGCAGGAAGAAUGUGAUUCUGUAGAAAAUGAUGAAGCAAUUGCCCGUGCUCUUCAGGAGGAGCUUUCACGGGUUGCUAUUGUGGAAGAAUCUGAAUCUUCACAUACAACUGAAGAGAAAUUGCAAGCAUCUGUGCUUAGUCAAAAUUGGUUGGCUUCGACUGCCAAUACAGACGAGGGUAUUUCAGAUUUAGGAAGGAUGGAGGCCUCUACGACAUUGCCAAUGUCCGAUGAAAAAUUAAGUUGUGAAGGGCAGGUUGAGAUAGAAUUUACACAUGACUUCUCCGCUCUAGAUGAUGAAGUAUGCAAGAGACUAAAUCAGAUGACUCCUGUACCUCAUAUUCCAAAAAUCAAUGGAGAUAUUCCUUCAGUUGAUGAAGAAAUUUCAGAUCAUCAAAGGCUUCUCGACAGGUUAAAGUUGUAUGAUUUGAUUGAGCUAAAGGUUCAAGGGGACGGUAACUGUCAGUUUCGGGCACUAUCUGAUCAAUUUUAUCUUACUCCUGAGCAUCACAAGUUUGUGAGAGAACAAGUUGUUAAUCAGCUCAAGUCUCAUCCUGAGAUCUAUCAGGGGUAUGUUCCCAUGUCAUAUGACGAAUAUCUCAGGAAGAUAUCCAAAAGUGGAGAAUGGGGAGACCAUGUCACGUUGCAGGCUGCUGCUGAUUCAUAUGGUGUUAAAAUGUUUAUUCUGACUUCGUUCAAGGACACCUGCUCCAUUGAGAUACUUCCCAGUGUUGAGAAAUCUAAACGGGUAAUAUGUUUGAGCUUUUGGGCUGAGGUGCACUACAACUCAAUCUAUCCAGAAGGAGAGUUUCCUACGCUAGAAUACAAGAAGAAGAAGUGGUGGCACUUUGGCAUCUGAAUUCGAAAUCCUCAAAGUGCAGACUGCAUGCCGGCCAGUGCAGGACUGCAGGCAGUCAUACCCCUCUUCUGUGUACAUUCUAACACAUUUUUCAAUAGCAUACAUGUUUAUAGUUUAACCAUUUUUUUUUUUUAUGAAAUACUCUUACUCGUGCAUCGUCAGUUUCACUGCACUAUGCUAAUUAGAAAUAUU